AGGCUCGUGCUGCAAGUUUAACAUGGACUGCAGUAGGAGUUGGAGCAAACAGGGUUAGUGCUUAAACAAGCAAGCGGCCAAAAGCUUCAUUACCUUUGCAUCGCGGGAUGUGAACAUUUCUGUUUCUCCAGACAGCUAGCAAAUCGGAUCGCUCCUUUUUGUCACUUUUCUUCUUCGUCUCUCACUCUUUCUCCCCAGUCGGCCGUCUUCUCGUCCACUCUGCUUGUUUUCAUUGCUCCCUUGACGACUUCCUUGUUCCGCCCAUCAGCCCUACGUGAAACUUACACACAGGCAGCCUCGCUCGCCAUUCAGCUGCGGGAUCACCCCCCCACCUCCGUCGCCGGAGCUGCUGAUUGGUAAGGAUCCCUGCAGGUCAUUUGCAUGCCGCCUGCAGGCGGUGUGCCUGACAGAGCAGCAAAAGAGAAGUUUCGCUCAAAGCUUCUGCAAGUGUCGGGGUGGGGGGAUCUCCGGCGCCCAGCCCGCAGCAGCUCCCUGGGCUGCCUCUUCCAAUUUCUCUCCCCCUUGCUUUCUGGAUGGGUCCCAGUUUGACUCCGGAUCGUCAUUUGGGGAGGGACUUGCCUGCCUUCCUGAACUGCCCCUGAGCUGCUUGCUCCAUUGCUUAAAGUCACCCCAUUGGGAAUGGCAUUGCCUGCUUGAAGCUUCUGAAAAGCCCUCUGCCUGAUCCCACGUUUUUUCCUCUUCCUGGCCCCAGUAUUUUCCAUCCUUGCUCAAGAUGGAAAAUAAAUGAUCUCACCCUGACUGCGGAAUGGAGACAGCUGGCACCCAUAAGAACCUGAAGGAUCCCCAGGAGCUCAAGCGCAAACUGGACUUUUAUCCCGGCGUAUAAGGAAGCGGCGGGACCCGCUUCUCGCCCUGGCUUCUUUGGAAACAGCCCGGAUCUAGUGGGACCGACUUCGUCUGUGUUUGCUUGUUGUGGAGCCAGAUCGCAGGCUUUAUGGCUGGGAUAUACAGCUCUGCUCUGAAGACCCUGGAAGAUUUGACCUUGGACUCUGGGUAUGGGGCUGGGGACUCCUGCAAGUCCCUUAGCCUCUCUUCUUCCAAGUCCAACUCUCAAGCCUUUGCGUCCUCUCAGCACAGGGGCAACUGGUGGUACUAUUCCGGCUCCAUGAACAGUCGAAAUAACAGCUGGGAUACAGUCAACACCGUCCUACCGGAGGACCCUGAAGUUGCGGACCUCUUUUCCAAAUGUGCCAAGCUGCCCGAUCUUGAGGAAUUCCCUUGGAGCGAUGAAGACAUUGGGAAGAUACUCAGGAAAGGGAAGGGGGGAGGUAACAAGAGAGACUUUACUCAAGACGCGGUGAGGAGGCUAUCUGUUUUGCUCAGGAGACCGCUGAUCCGGAUUUCUCGGGAGGCGCAACGCCUGAGCGUGAUGCAUUCUAAAUGCACAAGGUUCGAGAUCCAAAGCGCCCUCAAGCUGAUCCAGAGCUGGUCGUUAUCCGAAAGCUGCGUCCUGGCCACCGUCAAGGCUCUCUCGCUGUACAGCAUGAGUGCCGGGGACGGGCUGAGGAAGGGCAAAUCGGCCCGAUGUGGCCUCACCUUUUCCGUUGGGAGGUUUUUCAGGUGGAUGGUGGACACCAGGAUCUCCGUUAGGCUCCACGAGUACGCGGCCAUUUCUUUAACAUCCUGCAUGGAGAACCUGGUGGAGGAGAUCAAGGCCAGAGUGCUGGCUAGCCGAAGCCCAGACGGAGCUGGAGGGGGAAGUGAGAUUUCGGCAGAAGUCCUGGAGAUGGUAAUCAACAAUGAUGCGGAGCUUUGGGGAGUACUGCAGCCUUACGAACAUCUGAUCUGUGGCAAGAACGCUAAUGGUGUACUUUCUCUGCCUGCAUACUUCAGUCCUUACAAUGAUGGAUCCAUGUGCAGCAAUGGAAGAGCUGACGCUUAUGCCCAGCUGGAACUUAGAACUUUAGAACAGUCUCUCCUGGCAACUUGUGUUGGAAGCAUCUCCGAACUGAGUGAUUUGGUAUCACGAGCAAUGCACCACAUGCAGUGUUUGAAUACCCUCCGUCCUGGCAUGAGUCCUGUUCGACAAAACAGGCAGCAACAGCAACCCAUCUCCUGGUCCCCUGAUGCCCUCCACACCCUUUAUUAUUUCUUACGCUGCCCUCAGAUGGAGUCCAUGGAGAACCCCAACCUGGAUCCACCAAGGAUGGCCUUGAAUAAUGAACGGCCCUUCAUGCUUCUGCCUCCACUGAUGGAAUGGAUGCGUGUAGCUAUAACCUAUGCUGAGCACCGGCGGAGUUUAACCGUGGACAGUGAUGAUAUAAGGCAGACAGCCAGGCUACUCUUACCUGGCUUGGACUGUGAGCCUCGACAGCUAAAACCUGAGUGCUGUUUUAGUUCCUUCCGGAGAAUGGAUGCUAAGGCUGCCACUGAAAAAUUCCAGCAGGAUCUUGGGUUUCGAAUGCUGAACUGUGGAAGGACUGACUUGAUCAACCAGGCUAUAGAAGCUUUGGGACCUGAAGGGGUUAAUACAAUGGAUGAUCAGGGUAUGACUCCACUCAUGUAUGCCUGUUCUGCUGGAGAUGAAGCCAUGGUCCAGAUGCUGAUUGAUGCUGGUGCAAAUCUUGAUAUACCAGUCCUUGGUAGUUCUGCCCGAUACCCAUCAGUUCACCCUGAUAGUCGGCACUGGACUGCACUCACCUUUGCUGUGUUACAUGGACACAUAUCUGUUGUUCAGUUGCUCUUGGAUGCCGGAGCCCAUGUUGAAGGCUCUGCUGUCAACAGUGGAGAAGACAACUCUGCUGAGACCCCUCUUCAGCUGGCUUCAGCGGCAGGCAAUUAUGAGCUGGUCAGCUUGCUGUUGAGCAGGGGAGCAGAUCCCCUUCUGAGCAUGCUGGAAGCUAACGGAAUGUCCUCAUCGCUUCAUGAAGACAUGAAUUGCUUUAGCCACGCUGCAGCACAUGGACACAGAAACGUCCUACGCAAGCUCCUGACCCAGCCGCAACAGUCAAAAGGAGAUGUUCUCUCACUCGAAGAGAUUUUAGCAGAGGGUGUGGAAAGUGACACCUCCAGCCAAGGAAGCUCCAAUGAGGGCCAGGUUAAAUUAUGCAAAACCCGGAUGAAGGCUUUGCAAGAGGCCAUGUAUUACAGCGCUGAGCAUGGCUAUGUUGACAUCACAAUGGAGCUCAGAGCACUUGCCACAAAUUAUCCCAAAGUAGCUUCCAUACAAUCAGUUAAAAUAAGACAGUACCUGCCUGCAGGCUUACAAUCUAAAAGCCAUGGCAGCAAAGGAAUCCCAUGGAAGCUUCAUGUGUGGAUUGAGUCACUCCGAACAACUUUUUAUCAGUGUCGUUACUCAGUGGUACAGAAUCUCUUACGGGAAUUUGCCACCAUUAAGGAAGAAGACUACAAUGAAGAGCUGGUUAAUGAUGGACUCCAGCUGAUGUUCGAAAUCCUCCGAACCAGCAAAAAUGAGUCUAUCAACCAGCAACUUGCUGCUAUCUUCACUCACUGCUAUGGAAGCAGCCCCAUCCCCAGCAUUCCUGAAAUCAGAAAGACACUCCCAGCACGCCUAGAUCCCCACUUUUUAAAUAACAAAGAUAUGUCUGAUGUUACUUUUCUAGUGGAAGGAAAGCUGUUUUAUGCACAUAAAGUUCUCCUGGUUACUGCUUCAAACAGAUUUAAGACACUGAUGACCAACAGAACAGAACCAGACAGCCAAGGCAGCAAGACUGUGGAAAUUAGUGAUAUGAAGUACAAUAUCUUUAAGAUGCUGAUGCAAUAUUUAUAUUAUGGAGGAACAGAAUCUAUGGAAAUUCCAACUGCUGACAUUCUAGAGUUGCUAUCAGCUGCAAGCCUAUUCCAAUUGGAUGGCCUCCAACGACACUGUGAAAUACUUUGUGCCCAGACCAUUAGCACUGAAAGCUGUGUUAACAUCUAUAAAUAUGCCAAGAUCCAUAAUGCCCAGGAACUAGUCUCUUUCUGUGAGGGCUUCUUCCUUAAGCACAUGAUCUCCCUGUUGGAACAGGAGCCUUUCAAACAGCUCAUCUAUGGCAGGAACAGUAAAGUUCAGGGUCUGGAUCCCCUGCAGGACUUGCAGUCCACACUGGCCAGCAGACUUCAGUCCAUUUACAUCACGUCAAGGGUGUGAUUGCCAAAAGGAACUACAGUCACCUUGCCUGGAUAAACUUGGAACUGUGAUCAAAGCACCUGCUUGUCACUGCACUAAGAAGGGAUCU